CUCGUUGAAUAGCGCCCUAUGAUCUAUCGCCUUGAUCAGGGCCAACUAGAUACGGUACAGUACUUUCCUGCCGAUGAAUAUACGGCCGAGGACACUCCCCGCGGCCAUCUCCAGAACUAUUUGGCGAACAUGCAUAUCUUUCGGACACGGCACGAAUCAAAGCGUGUCUUCUUGUGGUUGAUGAAUCCAGUGAGAAGGUUGAGCCAAGGCUCUUCGAUCAAGAUAGCCCUGUCAAGCCUCCAAAAGACUACCGAAGCACUGAUAAGCCAACAACAAGAGUUCACCACGACACACGUUGCGGGCCAAUCACCCCAGAUGUGGCUUCUCCUAAGGUCCGGCCGAUUGAUUUCAAGCUUCCCUUUCACUAACACGGAAUCAAUCCUCCUGCUCUUUUGGGCUUUAGUAGCAUUGUCGCUAUCAAGGAUGCACCAACUCAACCACCCUCAAGCUCAACAACCACCCUGGAGGAAGGGCUCUCUGCCUGUAGCUUUAUCUGACUCGCUUAACGGCACCCCCGCAGGUGCGAAGGAUGAAAGACUCAAAUAACCCGCGGCGGCCACCCUGUCCCAUAUCAUCUUUCCAGCAAAUUGUUCACCGAUU